GUCCUUACUUCCCUUGCUUUAAGCAACUCGACUUAUUCCCUGCAUUCAGCUUUCAUCUCUCCUUUACUUUUUCUUUGUCUACGCUGAAUCUCAGCUUCUGCUGAGUCUUACUUUCAGUAAUCAAGCUUCAAAAGACGAGAAAAAGCUGGGAAUAUAAGGCUCAUGCGCUAAAGCCGAAAGCUCAAAGAAGACAUCACAAGACCUCACGAGACAUGCCCCUUCGAUGACCGACGACUCCUGCACCCUCUACACUUGGCCUCUUACAACAACUUCACACAAAGACACAAGAUGCCACGGCGUCGUAAACCUCCGCGCGCAGGCGCCCUCGCAGAACUUGCGCCCCUAAAAAUCGCAGGCCAGAUCGCGACGCUACAGGCGAUAUACUACUUCGCUGCACUGGUUCUGAUUGUCUUUACGGCGCUUGUCUCUGGCUCUGGGUUUAGCUGGACGCUUGUAUUUGGAUGGGAGGGACUGAGAGGAGAUACCACGCAUGGAUGGCUCAUGGCAUUUGUGUUCUUGUUGGAUGGAGGGUUGAUCAUUCCUAUCGCAAUAGUCGCCCUCAUCGCUCGCUCCAAACUCGUACCCGAUUUCGCAUUGACCGUCCACUUUCUCAACCUCGUAAUCGCAUCCCUUUACAGCGGCCACAUCCCCCGCCACGGAGCCUGGUGGUUCACCAUGCUUGUCUCAUCCGGGCUAUGCAUCGGUCUCGGAACUUGGGGCUGUCAGUAUCGCGAGCUGCAGCCCGUCUUCUUCGGCGGUCGUCCCAUUCUCCCAGCUACAGGACCUGAAGGCGCAGCGCCGCAACCUCCUCCUGUUGAUGAGGAGAUGGGUAUUGCUGUGAGAGGAAGGGGGCCGGAUGGUGGUGGAGAGUAUGAGAUGGCGCCUAUGCAGCCUGUAAGAUGAAAACUGGGGUUGGGGUCCUUGGAUAUGGUUGAAUAGACUUGCAUUGCUAGGCGUUUAGGCGCUCUUUACACCGUUUAUGUACGUUAAUUUUGAAGAGCUUUAAUCAGGGGUCCGUUCAGACCGAGUGAGACGGCUCCAAGAUAGAUCUGUCUGUCAAG